UAAUUCAGCACUUUACUUUCAUAUUAAUAAACAAAGCAAGAAUGCUUUAAGUAUAGAUUGAGGCUAUAAUCAAUGUUGCCAUCAAGGCCCUAUCUGUAGUAACUUUGUAUUAGGCAGUAUUUUAGCAGGGGCAGCAAUAACCUGCCCCUGUUUGCUCUAAGCAGAAUUUUCACUCUUUGCACUAGUGAACUGAUCCCAAAAAAAAUAGAUGAGUGUGGCGGGAAGCAUUAAGCAAAAGGGCCAAAAGCACCCAUGAUUUCCAUGCUUUAAAGGCACAGUAUACCCUCCUGUUCAGCUUGUGCCAAACAUACUGUUUGCCAAUUGUUUAUGAAGAUUUCUAUCAAUCCAGGUCAUGAUAUACAGAAGUAAGUCUAAAGCAACAUUUCACACGCAUCAGAGUGGCUUCAUCAGUUGUUUUAAUCAUAAAAAAUGCAUUUAUUGUGUUAUAUGUGUUUAUUUCUUGAACUAAACAUGGCAAACAGGGAAACCAAAGUUACUCCAUGUUUAUUUCUUGUGAGGUAGAUAAAUUAGCAAUACACAGAGAUAAUGCCCUGCAUAAUGGACUCCUGCUAACAAAUGGAGGGGGUUGUAUACUAGAAAUCCAAUUACUUACAAUCCAAUCCAAGCAUGGAGUGGCUGCAAUUUUCUUGUUUAUGCUUUUUGGCACAAAAAAUAGCAAAAACUAUGAAUUUUGUUAAAACAAUAAACAACAAUUGUACAAGCCAUAUUCAGUGACCUUAUGCUAAACCAAGGGGUAUACUACUUUGAACCACUUUGAACCACUAUAGUCCAACCAAUCAUUAGCAGUCUAAUGCAGCUAUUGGUGGGAUCAGUCCAGGAUUCGGCAAUCCAGUUAAAAAAAAUAAAUAUACAGAAAAACAUUAACACUAGUCUUUGCUCCUAAAAUACAUUAAAAUACAUAUUAAGAUAUGUUACCAUUGUAAAGUAAUUUAAAGUAAAGAUUAUUUAAUUGUAAAUGUGUAUCAUUCAGGAAAGGGGUUCAGAAAUGAAAGCAUACAGAAUACAACUAGUGCUAAUGCAUUUACUUUAAAAGCUGCCCAUAACAAAUUUUGGUGUGAGCCCCAAGAAAGACCUGGAAUGACUGUAUGUUGAUGUCAUUCAGUUCUUAGUACAUUAUUCAGUUGUGUAGAUAAUUAUGAAGGAUUUUGUUAAAAUGAACUGUUUUUUAAAAAUGAAAUAUGCAUUUAGAAGUUGAAUAUGCCUAUAAAUCUGAUCCUCAUGUCAACAUGAUACAGCCACCCUCCCCCUCUAAUCUCCGGGGCCAAGAGCACAGUAUAAAAUACCUAGAUAUUACUAUUACAUUGCAUACAAUGUGGGAAAUAGAUCAGGAUGCAAACAGCACUGAACUGCAACGUAUAAUGAACACAUACAUAAAUAAAUCAAAAAGGUCCAGCUACCACUGGAACCCAUGUCACCGAUAUUGUUACUAUUUAAUAUGUAAAUGAAAAACCGAUAAAUAAAGAGAUUAUAAAAAAAAAGGUCCAGCUACAUGCCUUCACUUACACCCAAGCUGCUGAAUGUAAUAGGCUAUAGGUUAUGUGUCAACUGACCCCACAUUUUGAUCAUUAAAAACUUGAUGACACACUUUCAGAAAUGUAAACAAAUUAGUUGAAGACAAUUCAUAAGCAAUGAUAAUGAAUUUCCUCUCACCAAACGAGACCAUGGGUGGCUAUUCACUGGCCAUUCCUGUGUAUGGAAUUUAACAUAUCACCCUGUUGACAAAACAGAUGAAUACUGCAAGGAGGGACUUUCAUUUUAUAGUCACCAUUUUAUUGUUCCAUUUGUUCAGGCUGCCAGCUUGAAUGAGCAGGAACUAAAGAGGAGCUACGGCACUGGUCGACAUGGUGCAUGAUGAUGGCAGAAGAAAUUUUUAAACAUGCUGAACAGCUAAUGCCUGGUUCGGAUUAUUUGGUCAGCAUAUUUGUACCAAAAAUUGUAUCAUAUGGCCACCUUAAAUUGUACACGUAUGGCCACCUUAACUUUUAAAAUCACGCUGCCUUAGUUUGCCAUACACAUGGAGACCAAGCCAAACUGUUUUUUCAUUUAUUUUUUUGGCUGUUCACACUCACCAACCUCAGUGAGUUGAAUUUGAACCAACAUAAAGCAAAGUGAUUGAGCAGACUCUAGGGUUGAUCAACCCAUAGAGAACGAUUGAGGGGUUACAAAGCUUUUUCAGACAAUACAUACAACAGAGACUGAAACAGCAUUUGAAGCCUCGUUUUUAUAGAAACUGAAAGAAGCAUGUAAAACAGGCUACAGAUGGAAGCACUGGAAGCUCAAAAUACUUAUGCUUGAAUAUAUGUAUAUACAUCAUCACCUUACGUUUACAUUGCCUUACAAUGUACUACAAAGGUAUUUAUACUGACUAUGUAUAAGUAAAGCUUAUUUUUGCAGAUACACUUACUCAUUCAUUGACCAGCAGUCUAUUGUUAUUCAGGGAAGGAACUGGCAACAAAAUAGAGCCUUUCCCCCCUAGAAGCAUGCAGAAAACUUUCUUUCCUACAUGUUACCUAGGAAACAAAGUCUUUUGUGCUUCAUGUUGGUAUGAGCUAUUCAUGUCUGCUGGGAAAUGAACACAAAAGCUGCAAAUAUAGAAAGAAAAAAGAUCUAGACUUUGUUCAGCAAAGUUACAUUUCAAAUGCCUUUUUAUUUGGAAUAUCUUUUCUAUGACCAGAAAAUGCUGAAGAGGCUCAUCCACCUCAGGAGGAAGAUGAUAUCACUUUAGGACAAAGGCCGAAAAACCCUAUUCCCAAUGUUCCAUCUACACUGGAUAAGCAAACCAACUGGAACAAGGCUUUACCUCUCCCCACUCCUGAGGAGAAGAUGAAACAGGAGUCCCAAGUGAUUACUUCUUGCAUUAUACCCAUCAAUGUUACUGGGGUUGGAUUUGAUAGAGAGGCGAGCAUACGCUGUUCACUUGUUCAUUCACAAUCUGUACUGCAGCGUAGACGGAAACUGAGAAGAAGGAAAACUAUAUCAGGAAUUCCCAGAAGAGUUCAACAAGAAAUAGAUUCUGAUGAAUCCCCAGUUGCAAGAGAGCGUAAUGUUAUAGUUCACACCAACCCUGAACUUGCCAGCUCUGCAAACAGGAGAUCUGGUACACGUGAUACAGAGUGCCAAACAGAUGAUAUACUCAUUACUGCUCCAUCUCGUAGAAGAAUUAGAGCUCAAAGGGGCCAGGGAGUUGCAGCAUCUCUCUCUCAUUCUGCUGGUAACAUUGCAGCCCUAACAGAGAGUGGUGACCAGAUGUUUAAAACCACAGUAUCCAGUCGCAUUCGAUCAAGGAGUCUUCCUAGAGAAGGUGUUAGAGCAAGCAAUGAUCAUGAUUGUUGCACACAGUCAUCAACAUAUGAAGAAGACUGCUAUAUGCCCUGCACUGAGAGGACACUAAAGAAGGAUAAAGACAGAUUAACUAGUCAGGAGUCUCCAGACCACCAGCCAUUAGGCUUAUCCUAUUCCCAACACCGACACAGCCCGCCGUUAAAUUUGAAUGAAAGGGGGAGAUCAAGGCUAUCAAGAAUGGCAGAUUCAGGGAGCUGUGAUAUCUCUUCAAAUUCAGAUACAUUUGGAAGCCCUGUUCACUCAAUUUCAGCAGCAGGUGUGUUGUUGAGCACACACAUUGAUCAAAAAGAUGACCAUCAGUCGUCUAGUGGAAACUGGAGCGGAAGUAGCUCAACCUGUCCCUCCCAGACAUCAGAAACAAUCCCUCCAGCUGCAUCUCCUCCACUAACUGGUUCUUCCCACUGUGAUUCUGAAUUAUCCUUGAACACAGCUCCCCACGCUGGUGAAGAUUCUAAUGUUUUUAUGAUUGAACAAUACAGUGAUGACCACAUAGAUAGCAUAAGAGGUCACAGAGCCAGUUCCUUUACAUCUACAGUUGCUGACCUGCUUGACGAUCCAAACAACAGUAAUACUAGUGACAGCGAAUGGAAUUACCUUCACCAUCACCAUGAUGCAUCAUGUCAUCAAGAUUUUAGUCCACCGCACUUAAAGACAGAUCGCCUAGCAUGCCCUAGUUUUACCAGUAUGGGCACUUAUGACAGUUUUCUUGAAAAACCUGCAUCUGAAAAAGCAGAUUCAGUUUCAUAUUAUUCUGUAGACACUGAAGGAUAUUAUACCUCCAUGCAUUUUGACUGUGGUCUGAAUACUAGUAGGAGUUAUAUUUGUAACUAUGCACCAACAGGGUCAGAAAGUGAUCAAGGUCCUGGUGUUUCUUCUGUGAAUACCGAUAAUCCUUGGCAGUGUUAUAUGGAUCAAGGCAAUGAAGGAAACCAGAACAUCUCAUUUAAGAAACCAAAGGCAAAGCCUACACCACCAAAACGUUGUUCAUCUUUAAGGAAAUCUGACAACAACACAGAUAUUCCUGAGAAGAAAGAACCAAAGAUAGUAUGUGGUCAGCAAGUGAAUCACUCUUCCAGGGAAAUGAAGCUGCCACUUGAGAUUUCUAAUGUUCCUUUAAGAGUGGAAAACUUUGCUACACAACAUCAACAGGAAAUACCAUGGGCUAACCAGGAUGACACUGAGUUAAAGAACACUCAAUUUUUAACCACAGAUAUUACUUCUUUUAAAGAUGAGAGUGGAGAGCAGUCUCACUAUGCAGAUCUGUGGCUCCUCAAUGACUUGAAAACAAGUGAUCCUUAUAGGUCAUUAUCAAACUCAAGCACUGCCACAGGUACUACAGUUAUAGAAUGCAUUAAGUCACCAGAAAGUUCAGAGUCACAGACAUCACAGUCUGAAUCCAGAGCAACGUCGCCAUCUCUUCCUUCUGUGGAAAAUGAGUUCAAGUUGUCUUCUCCAGAAAAGCUUGCUGGCUUAGCAUCACCAUCAAGUGGUUACUCUAGCCAGUCAGAAACCCCUACAUCCUCCUUUCCCAUACCUUUCUUUUCUGGGCCCCUGUCACCUGGUGGUAGCAAACGAAAGCCAAAAGUUCCAGAAAGAAAAUCGUCCUUGCAACAUCCUUCUGCAAAAUGUGGAAGAGAACUGGAGCUUCCAACUAUACCUCCGACCCAUCUUGACCUAAGUGCUCUUCAUGUUUUACAUAAACCAUUACCUUACAGACCACAGAUGCAUGCUUUCAGUCAUAAUAAUCAGAAUAUGUCAGAAGAUCAGAUUGACUCAAAUUCUUCACCAGCUCUUGCCAUAACACCAUCUGUACUUAAAUCUGUCCAUCUCAGAUCUGUCAACAAGCAACAUAAAAAGUCAAAGCAAAGAGAAACCUGUAAUCUUGUGUGCUUGCAGGAUCCUACAAUAACAGUGGAUACCUAUACCCCAGAAAAGGCAAUUGUGACAUCAGCCAGAAAAUCAAUUUUGCGUCAGUUUUCUACAGAGGAAACCAUCCUACCAUAUAAGGAUUCCUCACCAGUUGACACCAGUCCAGAAAGUAUGUUUUUUGACAAGUGUGCACUAUUCACUGGUCAUGGAAUAUACAGAGAAGAGAAAGGUACAAAUAUAUUUGGAGUCACUAAAGAACCUUGGACUAAUGAAAUUGUGCAAGAAACUGUGUUUUUAGUACAGCCAGAGACCACAACAACAACUUUUCAAGAGUACUACGAGAAAAAGAACUGUGGCCAUGCUCAAGAUGAUCAACUUAAGAUGACACCAGACUUACAUAUACAGGAUGAUGUAAUGACUAUACCAGAGCCUGUAACAGGAACAACUACUGGGUACACAUUGCAAGACAAUGCUGCUGGGACAUCUUUAAUGCCUAACUAUGAGCCAGACUUGAGCAACAAUGAUAAAGUGCCUGGAAACACUCUCAGCUUUGAAUCAGAGCUCCCCACUGUAUAUUCACUCAGCGAUGAAUGUCCAGAGCAGGAAUCUGAAUCUGUAUCAGGAAUUCCAACCAAAAGUGCCUCAGCGGACAAAAUUAAUGAUUCAUCUGACAACAUGGAAGACACCUUCUGCAAAGAAUCAUCUCAGAGUGAGGACUACCUAAUUUCACCAAUGAGUGAGGACUCGGCAGACACAGAUGAUGUGUUUGUGUCCCCUAACAAACCUCGUACAACAGAGGAUCUUUUUGCAGCCAUUCACAGAUCCAAACGAAAAGUACUUGGAAGAAAAGAAGCUGGGGACAACUCUGUGAAAAACAAAUCAAAACCAAUAACUGGGAGCAGUGGGGCCUCUGCUAGCUCUCAAAAGUCUCCUGGUCUCAUCUAUAGGAGUGCUAAAAAAUCCAAUACAUCCAAUGAAGAAUUUAAGUUGCUGCUUUUGAAAAAGGGCAGCAGGUCAGAUACCAGCUACCGCAUGUCUGCUACUGAGAUUCUGAAGAGUCCAGUAACACCUAAAUCCCUUGGUGAUCUAGCACUUGACUCCUCAUCAAGCUCUGAAGAGGGUGGUCAGUUAUCACCUGGAAGUGAUGCAUUUUCGCCUUUAUCCCCUUGUUCUCCUCGUGUUAUAUCUGAGGGGUUUUCUCCAAAAAGUGGAACUAUGUCUGCUGCCUCAAGAGUGGGAAGGUCCAGAGUGCCUCCUGCUGCAAGCAGCAGCCGUUACAGUGUCAGGUGCCGUUUUUACAAUGCUCCAAUGCAGGCCAUAUCAGAAGGAGAAACAGAAAACUCGGAUGGUAGCCCUCAUGAUGACAGGUCCUCUCAGAGCUCAAUGUAGGAGAUAUAUUUCCUGCCUUGCGUUAUAUUUUUGCCAGCCCACAUUGAUUAUAGUACAAUAUUCCUCAUUGAAAAUAUUAAACAUAACAUGUCCCAGAAUUAUUUGGGAAAACACAGGUUAAUGGUAUGUACUGCUUUUCCACCAGAAUUCUGUUUUCUGAUGAACUAUUUCAUUUGCCACAUAUAAGAGUGAUUGAAGAAUCUGGAUCAGACAACAAACUGCCAAAGGCACAUAAAUAAUCACAUCAAGGAUUUAAGAAAACUAGUGAGCAAACAACAGCAACAAAUAGACUGUGAUUAUAUUAGUGCAAUUAUUUGUCAACUAAAAAUCCCACCAAUAAGAUCACAUUCUGUUUUAAUAACUUUUUUUAACUUCAGAUACUUGGUAUUAACUACAUAUAUAAAUCCACUUUAAGGGAGUGAACAAGAAAAAUAUUAUUAUGGAAACAAUGCUUAUAUAAGUGUAAAAACAUAUAUUGCUAAAGUGCUUCCCUGAAAAUCAAAUAGAUUGAAAACAGUAAAUAAACCUUGAAUAUACAUAUUUUUGUACAAAUUCAGGAAAAAAAAACUAAUGUGGAUUUUAAAGAAGCUAAGAUAAAAACUGUAAAUACCAUAUUUUUGAUAAACUGUAAAUAGGAAUAUGUAAUUUAAAGUGUAUAUGCAGCCAAUAAAUAAGGCAUUAGAAUUUCUAAAGAGUGUUUACUCUACCAGUGCUAUAUAACCUGUUAAAGCACUAAAAACGUUAAACAAAACAAACAAAAAAAGUUAAUGUUGAUGAAAAUGAAUGAUAAAUGAAUUGUAUUCUGUGAAUACCACUGUCAUAAUCCGCAUCACAGUAAAUCAUGCCCAUUACUAACAAAGAAUUAUUAUGAGCCUCAAAUUUGUUUUUGUAAAGUUUCAGAAAACUGUGGCCUGCUUUUUAAGGUGUUAAUAUAUAAAACAUAUUUGACAGUACUGUAACAUUGUCUUUUCAUUUAAAAUCAUGUUGCUGCUUAACAAAAACAAGCAGAAUACCAAUGCAGUGCCAUCAUGGAUGUUUUAAGCACUUCCUUGCUAUCUAGUAGUAAAUGAUGUCAAAAUAAAGUGAUUAAUCCCUGUGAAAACAA